AUGUAUGGAAUCGAGGAACAGACAAAUAAACGUCGGGGCGAGGAUGAAAUUGGGCCUUCAAUCAAAUUGAGAAAUGUUGCAUUAACUAAAACGACAGAAGCGGAAAGUCACCAAUUCCACGUUGUGGUGUCAGGUGUGGACCGUCCAAUAAGGACAUACAAUCCUAAUGCAGUUAAUAAAGGGUUGCGUGAACAAAUCGGUGAAUACAAAGUCGUGAAAGUUUUGGCUAGUGGAGAACUAUUGGUAGAUUGUUGUGGCAAAUCCCAAAUGACGAAACUGUUAAAUUGUAAACAAUUGGGUGACGCGAAAAUUCAUAUUAAAGCGGAAGAAUAUAAACAAACAAACGUUCAGUCGAAAGGUGUAAUUAAUGGAGUGCCGAUUGACAUAUCUGACUCCGAGCCAUUAAGCUUUCUAAGCGAUCAACACGUCAUAAAGUCGCAGAGAUUUAAGGUACGAAAGACAAACAAUACUUCAUUAAAUAAUACUGAAACAACUCCAAGUUUAUCCGUUCUAUUAUUUUUCGAUACUACCCGCUUGCCUUCAGUCGUACAUGUGGGGUACUUAAGAUUUGCAGUACGAGUAUACAAUCCGCCACCACUAAGAUGUUUUAACUGCCAGUCUUUUGGACAUAUUUCCAAAAAUUGUCGGGGAUCAACGCGGUGCGCGAGGUGCGGAGGACGUCACCUUACCAAUGAAUGUGAAAAAGCAGAGAGAGUAUGUUUACAUUGUAAAGGAAAUCAUAGUGCGGCAUAUGGCGGAUGUCCUAGAUACAAAGAAGAGUCACAUAUACAAAAAAUUCGUGCUCAACAAAGCGUCACUUAUUGGGAGGCAAGAUCAAUUGUCAGAAAAAACAACAUUGCAGCUGGUCCAAUUUUUUCAGAGGAAAAUUUUCCCGCUAUGCCGGGCCCCGAAUGUUCUUCUAAUCUAGAAAUAUUUCGUCAUACUAUGUCUCAGCCAAUACAGUCAGUUGAUCUGUCACAAUCUACAAGUUGUCAACAUAGAAUAACGCGGUCAAUGAAAAAUCAACUGCCUUUCCAGCGAGGUCCACAAUAUGACGGCAUGAGUAUACGUAAUACUGAUGAGGACAUUCAAAUAUCCAAAAUAAAUUCAUUAUCGUUUUGUGCUUUCAUAGCAGAUAUCAUAAAAAUCACUUUAAAUUUUUCUAAAGAAUCAGAAUUGAACAUGAUCUCAGAAAUAACAAAAACGACGCAUAAAAAUAUUGGGAUGAUUUCAGAUAAACAGAAACUUGUUUCCUUAGUUAAUCUGAAAUAA